AUGGCCGGGAAACGAGAGUUCUCAAGGGCUCACCUUUCAAGACUUGCCGACAAGAAUAAUCUUCAUUUGCUGAUUCAUGGAAAAGUUUACAAUGCUCAAACCUUUGUCAAUGAGCACCCCGGUGGUGACUUGGUCCUUCUUGGUGAGGGAGGGAAGGACGCAACGAAAGCGUGGGAAGACGUGCAGCAUUCCGAGGAAGCAAAAGAGCUGAUGAAAGAUUAUCUCGUCGGAUACUGCAUCGAGAGUCCUCAAACAUCAACAUCCGAGUCCAGCCAAAUAACUGCAAACGAGAAAUCGCGAUUGAUAGCAAGCCAACAGCCCGUCCUGGCUCUUUUAUCCAUCUUCCUUGCUAUUCUACUUGGUGUAUACUGGCAGGCCCAAUGGCCAGUAUAACCUUGUAGCAUAUAAUAAACAGAUAAAGAAUUUAUACCAUAUUCCAAUCCAUAACCCCGGACGUAAAAGGCUCCCAAAACUCCCUAUCUUCGUUCCCAAACAGCGACGCAAGUGGCUCAGAAGGUAAAGGUCCACCCCAAGCUGAGUUCAAAGGCGACUCUUCCGGCGCAAGGCCAAAAAGGGCAUCAAUAUCAGACGCCAGACCCUGAAACGGCUGCUCAGCGACAAACGAAGACUCCCUAUUGCCCAGUAAGGCGGGAAGACUGUUAUCACUCUCGCCAAUACUAUCAAGUAAGUUAUUAGACAUAGAGUCGGACCAGUUCACACUGGUAUUUGCAGCCGGC